AAUGCUUAUUUUUUUUGGCACUAUAAAAACGAUUAGUCCGUCGAGUAACGGAAUAUGCUGAGCUGAUCGGUGCCGGUUUCAUUAUUAGGAAAUCCAAAAUGGCAGCAAAAGGAAGAAGUGGACUUGAUAAAAAUAAUAAAUACGACCGACAGCUUAGAUUGUGGGGUGACCAUGGACAAACGUUACUGGAACAAGCUCGUGUUUGCUUGGUGAAUGUCACGGCAACUGGAACUGAAAUCAUCAAAAACCUAAUUCUUCCAGGUAUAGGAUCAUUUACAAUAGUUGAUGGAAAUAAAGUGAAAGGAGAAGAUGUUGGAAAUAAUUUUUUCUUGUCACAAGAAAGCAUUGGAGAGUCUAGAGCCAAAAUUGCUACAGAGCUUCUGAAUGAAUUGAAUGAGGAUGUCAGUGGAGAUUAUGAGGAUGAGUUUCCAGAAACUUUACUUCAAAAUAAUCCAGACUUCUUCAAGAAAUUCACAAUUGUUGUUGCAACUGGUCUUUCAGAAAGGACACUUCUACAGUUAGCAGAUGUUUUAUGGCAACAGUCUGUUCCCCUACUUGUGUGUCGUUCCUAUGGCUUUAUUGGACACGUGCGACUUGUUAUCAAAGAGCACACGGUGAUAGAGUCACACCCUGACAAUGCCCAUGAAGACCUCCGACUUGAUCGACCUUUCCCUGCCCUUAUCAAAUACUGUGAUAGUCUUCAUUUGGAGACCAUGGACAAAAAAGAUCAUUCACACACCCCGUGGUUAGUUCUAAUCUAUAAAUAUCUCCAGGAGUGGAAAAACCAGCAUGAUGGUUUACCACCACAGAACUAUAAAGAGAAAAACCAGUUAAAGCAAAUGAUAAGGGAAGGCACGAGGAAAAAUGCAGAUGGUGUCCCAGAAGACGAGGAAAACUUUGAUGAAGCAGUAAAAAGUGUCAACAUGGCUUUGGUUCCAACAAAAAUUCCUAGUGUAGUGGAAAAAUUAUUUAAUGAUCCAAGUGCAAUGAAUCUUACUUCAGAGAGCAAACCAUUUUGGAUUUUACUAAGAGCUGUGAGGGAGUUUGUUGAAAAUGAAGGAAAGGGUGCUCUGCCAUUACGAGGAAGUAUUCCAGACAUGACAUCAGAUUCUGAAAGAUAUAUCCAACUUCAAAAUGCGUAUGUUGAACAGGCUAAUAAAGAUGUUGCUGUUAUAACGGACAAAGUUAACAUGUUAACAUCCAGUCUAGCUAAGGAGAUAAAGCAGAGGGACAUAGGGCCUGAGUUUAUUCAUGGUGUUUCUAUAACAGACCAGGAAAUCAAAUUAUUUUGUAAAAAUGCUGCCUUUGUUCAAGUUUUGAGGUGUAGAAGUUUAGCACAGGAAUAUAAUAGUCAAACAGCCAACACACAAGAUAUAGGUUCCCACCUGGAGGAUGAAGACGAGGAGAGCGAGUUGAUAUAUUACGUGCUGUUGAGGGGAGUGGACAGAUUUUAUGAGGAAUACAAUAGAUACCCGGGGGGAGACAAUGACCAGGUGGAACCUGACGUUCAACUCCUCAAGGGAGUCAUUACCAAAUUAACUCACGAAUGGGGAUUAACAUCCACUGUGAAGGAGGACUACAUCCAUGAAAUAUGUCGCUAUGGAGCAUCAGAACUUCAUACAGUGGCGUCGGUCAUAGGCGGGUCUGCAGCUCAGGAAGUGAUCAAAAUUAUCACAGGACAGUUUAUUCCUAUAGACAAUACCUUUAUCUAUAACGCGGUGAAACAGACCUCAUUGACAAUCACACUAUAACUAUUGCACGCUCUAGUGACUGUGUAUGUCAGGUUCGUUUUUGUACGCUUUUUGUUUUACCUCAUUACAAUAGCAGAUAUAUGCUGCAGAGCUAGAGAUGUGUAUGUUGUCAUGCAAUGCGUGUGCUUUGAUAUUCAUGUAAUUGUUUAAAGAAAGAUACAUACAUUAAUAUCAAUAUUGGGAAAAUAUAAUUCAGUACCACGUACUUAAACAUUUACAUAAGAAGAAAAAUUUACCAGCCUUUAUUUGAAUUUGGACAUUAAGUUUAAAAUAUCUUUAUAUAAAAGUUGAUGUACAUUCAAUCCAGUUACAAAAUCGACAUGAUUCCAGUUUGGAAAUUCUUUUUGGUGGACAAUAUUCGGUAAAUUGUCUAGGAGAUACUGUACAUCAGUCCUGUCAGCUAAGAAGUCUUUGUCUCCGUAGUACAUGGCUGCUGGUACAUGCAUAUUUUGGGGGUUAUACUCUGGGGGUGUGGUCUGUAAUAGAAUGUUUCAUGUCAAUUUCAUAUAACACUGCUUCUACAUCCAGAUUUUGAUACCCUCUGGUAGUAAAUAUAGAUUGGAAACAAUGUUCUGCCAUUUGAACGUAAAGAAAUGUUAAUUCAGAUGAAUAGAUUUAACUUCUAGACUUUACGGAGUUUGUAUUCUCUUCUCACAUUUAGCCAUGAACACAAACUGGGAUAUACAUUUUAAUAUGAACUGAAACUUAAUGACCAUGGAGGGCUGUGCUCAUUUUCAAAUUCUUUGCAACAUAUUUCAAAAAUAUGUUAGUUUCCCUUUUUUAAAAAUCUUGAACAUCACAAAUUCAAAAGCCCUUUUCCUCAAUACAAUAUGAAAAUCAAUAAAAAAAAAAAAAAAAAGAAAGAUUUAUAGUCAAUAUAAGUGUUUGAAGUCUCAACAUUAGAAUUAUGCACAAAUGGGUGUGAACUUGAAAUUAACAGGAUCAUUUCUUUUUAAAGUGAACUUUUGAAAUAUGGCAUAACCCAUUACUGCUGUACUUGGAGCACCUGUUCAGAUAAUUUACUACAAAUAUUCAAUGAAUUACAUCACCUGAUUGUAAUGUUUAAGGUUUCCUUCUGGCCCAUAAUCAUAUUUCUGAAAUUUAUCAGCCUGGAUUUCCUUAAGGAAGAGAAAAAGGAAAAUUACUAUUGCUGUGAAUGACAUAUAGAUCUACAUGUACUUUUGUAUUUCAUGUUUACUUCUAAUUUGAAUGUUAAAGCUUUGAAAGUCAAAGAAA